AAGAUCCCACUCUCUUCUCCUACCUUCAUCUCCUCUCCUUCAACCGUCACAUAUGCAAAAUUGAAAAACAAUAAACCCAAAUUGGAUCGAUUCAUCAAUUUAAUUAAAGCCCCGAUUAUCUCCAACCUUAAAUCCAAUCUCAAAUUAUGAGUUUAAUUUCAAACCCAACAAAAAAAAGCCUAAUUUCGAUGGUGUUGCUACUUCGAUGUUUGAUUUACCCAGUUCUGUUUCUGGGUUUGUGGUUUCAAAUAGUGAACAAAUCCCAGAAAAUUGAGGUUCACUCAAGGAAUUCAUCAAAUCCCAACAAUCUCAGCCUCACCCAAGAAUUAAGAGUUAUUAGUGUUUCGCCACAGAUGAGUGUGGCAGCGGUGGGGAUGACAAAUGUGGUGGCGGUCGCUGUGGUGAAAGGAGUCAUGGUCUCAUGGAGGCAAGGGCGCAAAUAUUCAAUUUGGGCAUAUACUAAACCCUACAGCCCAAUGGCAGAAACUCAUUGGUGACAGAGUUUCGGAGU